AAUCAGAUUGAGAUUAUGACCGCAUCACUCUGCUGGACUAUAAGAAGUGUGAGCGUGCUGCAGGAGGGCACCAUCCGGUCCUCGUUCUCCUGCCAUACAGGUCGUCUCCAGUCCGCAGUCAUGAAAUUCUCCCUAGUUGCAGCCAUUGUCCUGCUUGCCCUGGCUCAGGGAAGCUUCGCACAAGAUGCCACCGACUUAGACAAGCUCACGGAGUACUUGAACGAAAUGAAGAACAAAAUGGUUCAGGAUCUGUCCGAGAUCAUCAACAAGGACCUAGCAACCCAGGCUCAGACCUUCCUGGAGCAGGGAAAGACUCAGCUGGAGCCCCUGGCAGGUCAUGUUCAGGAUCAGCUUCAAACCCUAGCAACCAACGUGGAGGAGCAGAUCAAGCCUCUGACUGCCAACGUGCAGGCUCAGGUGCAGCCCAUCUUCGAAACCCUGAAGCAGCAGGUGGAGGCCAUCUUCCAGAAAGUGACCGAGCAGAAGGCCAUCAGCAGCUAAAUCUGGUGCGCUUCCAAAAGACACAGAUGUGCCACGUCACCGCCACGCGUCGCCUUCAGCCGUGCAACCAUAACAUGUGUUCCAGUGCUUGUUAACAGAUUCAUUUUCUCUGCUUCCAAAGUGCAAUUAAAAACUUUGAACACAC